UAACUGAAAUUUAUAAUGAGGUUCUUGCACCGGGAGCGCGCCAUUGAGGGGGUGCGCUGCAGGGCCGCGCAUGCGCGAUGCGAGGGAGGGUGCGCGCUCGCCAAAGUGACCCCCUGCCGGCCGCCGGUAGUAGUGCAGAAGCGCGGGUUCACACGGUCGCACGGCGAGGCAGAGCGCCGCGGGGGCUUGCGUCCUGCCGUCCACACGCCAACAGCCACCAUUUUCUCCCUCCUGCUGUACGCGGUGGCCCUCGCGAGGCUCGUCAUGAGGCACGCCAAGGCUCUGCGGGACCAGAUCCGUGAAGAAUGCCAGGAGCUGAUAAUGUCGGACACUCAGGUCCACGAGAUCAUGAGCAGACUGCUGAAGGACAUCAAGAAGGGGCUGGCCCGAGACACACACGCAGACGCCACCGUCAAGUGCUUCUGCACCUACGUGCAGGACCUGCCGAAUGGCAAGGAAAGUGGCAAGUUCCUUGCGCUGGACUUGGGAGGCACAAACUUCCGAGUACUCAUCAUAGAUCUGGGAGAAAAUCGGCGGUUUGAAAUGCGGUCCAAAAUCUAUGCCAUACCACAGAGCAUCAUGCUGGGCUCAGGCAUACAGCUGUUCGACCACAUAGCGGAGUGCCUGGCCAGCUUCAUGCACGAGCACAAGCUCUCCCAGGAGCUGCUGCCGCUCGGCUUCACGUUCAGCUUCCCGCUGCGGCAGGUGGGGCUGACCAAGGGCAUGCUGGUGCAGUGGACCAAGGGCUUCGACUGCAGCGGCACCGUGGGCGAGGACGUGGUGCAGAUGCUGCGGGACGCCCUCGACCGCAGAGGCGACGUUCAGAUUGAGAUCUGUGCCAUCUUGAAUGACACAACAGGCACACUUAUGUCGUGUGCGUGGAAAAACUUCAACUGCAAAGUUGGUGUCAUCAUUGGGACUGGCAGCAAUGCAUGUUACGUGGAAAGAACAGAAAAUGUGGAAUUGUUUGACGGAGAGAAGACAAAGCCGUACAUGAUAAUCAAUACAGAGUGGGGAGCGUUUGGUGAUGAUGGCAACUUGGAUAUAGUCAGGACUGAGUAUGACAGAGAAAUAGACAGAUACUCCAUCAAUCCCGGCAAACAGCUGCACGAGAAGAUGAUCUCGGGGAUGUACAUGGGAGAACUGGUGAGGCUGGUGUUGGUCAAGUUCACAAAGAAUGGCCUCUUGUUUGGAGGAAGAGGGUCAGAUCUUCUGUUUGAAAGAGGGAACUUCUACACCAAAUAUGUGUCUGAGAUAGAGAGCGACACCAAGGGUUCGCUCAGCAACUGCCGGCAAGUGCUGGAGGAGCUGGGGCUGAGCCACGCCACCGACCAGGACUGCCUGAACGUGCGCUACGUGUGCGAGUGUGUGUCCCGGCGCGCCGCCUACCUGGCCGCCGCGGGGGUCGCCACCAUCCUCAACAAGAUGGGCCACGAGAACGUGACGGUGGGCGUGGACGGCUCCGUCUACCGCUUCCACCCGCACUUCCACAACUACAUGGUCGAGAAGAUCACGCAGCUCGUCAACCCCAACAUCAAGUUCGACCUGAUGUUGUCGGAAGACGGAAGCGGGCGAGGCGCGGCUCUGGUGGCCGCGGUCGCUGUCAGAGACCGGUGAAUCUUCGUGCGAGACUGUCGAUAAAGAAACGCGUGUAAAUUUAAUAGUGCUGUUUGGGUUCCUAUAGCGCACGAGACGGAAGACACUUGCCACGGCAACGGUAGUCUGCUGCUGUUAGGUCGGUCGUGUACUUAACAUGCGGAUUACCAGUGUGGUCGACUAGUUGUAGCGAGACGUGUGAAGUAUAGACUUAGAGUUCUGCUGUGCAGAAACAAGCAGCCCGGCUUUUAUUGGCUGUGUAGUGCGAACAUGUGAGAUCCUUGCAGUUGACAGCAGAAAGAUCUGAGGCCCUGAAACCAUGUCCCAAGUACGCAAGUAGUUUGUGUCUCUCGUGAGAUACGAGUACUUGGAUGUUCAAAAUGAUGUCAGUUCAGUAGAGGGCUGUGUUGAUAGUUAUAAAGAAUUAUGACUUGGCCAGGCAAAAAUCAUCAUGCUAAGUUAAUGCUGUUCGAACACUAUUGGAACUUUGUUUUGUGAUUCAGCUCCUUGUGCUGCUAACUGUGGGGAAAUUCGCACGCGAGACACGAUAAAAGUAUUUUAAUUGUGUUUGUCUCAAAACUGUUUUGAAGGUGUUUGUUUCUAGAACAAAUUGUUUGAAUCAGGUAUUUAUAUAGUUUUCAUUUUGUGUGUAGUUCACAUGUAUUAGUUUCCUGUGCUGGUUUCACAAGUUUUAAAGUUUAAUAAUGUUUCAGUGUAAAGCCUUAGACGAAUCACAGCACAUGUGCCCACGUUACAGAAGUAACGUAACAUCCACAUCUGUUCCAAUACUCAUGUACUUAAACAAUGUAAAGUGUAUUAUACAUACUAGCUUUACCAUUGUAGCUUUUGUUAUAAAUUAUAAAACUGUCAAUAUUAUUUUGAGAUUUUGUACAUUUCUUCCGUAUUAGGUAAAUUAUUACUUUAGCUGUUUGUUUUAGAAACACACUUCUUUUUGUAAAUAAUGCACAAUAUUGUACUUACAAUAUAUUAUGUAUUUCAGUUGAAAGUUUUUCAGAUCUCUGAAAACAGCCCAACCUUAUUUGAUGGUUGUUGUAUACAUAUUUGUAUAUUAUUUUAAAUUUGUAAUUUAUGAAUUGCCUUCAUUACAUUAUUUUGAUAUACUGUUGUGUUAUUAAAUGCUGUGUAAUUUUUUAA